UUGCUUGCAAUUGGUACCAAAUACAACGAGGACCUUCUAGCCGGUUCUGCCCACUAGCCUUUCUGCCUCUUACCACACUAUGCUAAAUUCAUAGUUCUAUUUUCAACAUAUUCGAUGGCACUCCGAUGGUCUUCCCUCCCUCCAGGUCUGAAGCAAUCCGUAUUCGCUCGUUUGAGCCAACCUACCAACCGGAAUGCAUCUACCUGGACCCGAAACUCUCGCUUAACGUCCCAUUUCUUCACUCGAGGACCCGCACCUACUCCUAGGUUUGGAAGACGACUCUUAUGGGCGAUCCCGGUUCUAGGAGGCGUCGGGCUGUUCCUUUCACCAAGACGGCAGGCGAUCGGCCUUCCUGCAGUUUUUGCAUCACCUACACUUAUACCAUGUCCUAGUCCACCGCAAGAUGAACAGAUAGAUGCUACGAUUCUUUCCCCGGAUGAAGGAGAUGACCGCUCGAUUCUCUCGCGAAUUGGAUCAGUGUUCAUUGAUAGGAUAUGGGAACCCAUCCUUACGGCUCGAAGGUUCAUUUACCUCUUCUUCGUGUUUGUUCCAGUUCUUCUUUCGGCACCGAUGCUAUUAGUUGGUAGUCCGGAGGAGAGACUGCAGGGUGAUAGAUGGGGUGCGGUGUGGUGGUAUAAUUUUCUGACGACGCAAAUGCAACGUGCAGGACCAACUUUUGUCAAAUUGGCUCAGUGGGCUGCUUCUCGCGCAGAUCUAUUCCCCGCUUUGCUCUGUCAACGUAUGGGUACCCUACACUCUAGUGGCAUACCCCACCCACUCCGUCAUACACAGCGCGUUAUUGAGCGCAUAUUCCAAAGAUCUUUUAAUGAUAUUUUUGAGGAAUUUGACGAGGUGCCAAUGGGAUGCGGUGCAAUAGCGCAGGUGUACAGGGCGACGUUGAAACAAGACCUUAUACCUCCUUCACAUCUGGAGCCUAAACGGCAACCGAUGGGUUCCAUCACUCCAAGUAUCUUGCAGCUUCCUGUCCCAAGUGCUCCAACAGCAGCAGUCGCUGUCAAGGUUUUGCAUCCUAAAGUCGAGAAACUCAUCGCACGCGACCUAAAACUAAUGUCUUUCUUCGCGAAGGCGUUAUCCAUCUUACCAGGAAUUGAGUGGCUCUCUCUUCCAGAAGAAGUAGAAGUCUUUGGGACCAUGAUGCACGAGCAGCUGGAUUUGCGCAUUGAGGCAGAUAAUUUGGUCCAGUUCGAGAAGAAUUUCCAUGGAAGAAAUCUUCCCGUAACUUUCCCUCGGCCAUUGAAGAUGUGGAGUACUCGGGACCUCCUAGUGGAGGAGUACGAGAACGCUCUUUCACUGGAGACUUUCAUGCGGAAUGGAGGAGGGCCCUAUAACGACGUCCUCGCCGAAGUAGGAUUAGACUCGUUCCUGAACAUGUUGCUUCUGGACAACUUCGUCCACUCCGAUCUUCACCCUGGGAACAUCAUGAUCAAAUUCACCAGGCCUGUCUCGACCAGCCUGCUCCUCCAAAACGUGUGGAUAUUACUCAAGAACAAGUACCUCCCAGGACACAACUCCACUCAGACACCUCCUAAUCCACAAAGCGAUCCUGAUUCCGAUUCAAUCGUGGAGCACCUGCGUACCUUGAAGCACGAUCCGAAAGCAUGGUGCGAAACGCUGCACUCUGUCAAAGAUCAAGGGUACCUUCCCGAAAUUGUCUUUAUUGAUGCUGGACUUGUCACCACUCUUGAUGCCGAGGAUCGACGGAACUUUUUGGACCUCUUUCGUGCGGUUGCGGAGUUUGACGGAUAUCGUGCGGGGCAACUCAUGGUGGAGCGAUGUCGCACGCCAGAAUUUGCCAUCGACACGGAGACAUUUGCGCUCAAGAUGCAACAUAUUGUGCUCAAUGUGAAACGGAAGACGUUUUCACUUGGGCAAAUUAAGAUAUCUGAUAUUCUAAAUGACGUCCUGAAGGCCGUCCGGCAGCAUCAUGUCAAGAUGGAAGCGAACUUUGUGAAUACUGUGAUCUCAAUAUUACUGCUAGAGGGUAUUGGCCGGCAACUGGAUCCUAACUUGGACCUGUUCAAGAGCGCUUUGCCUAUUUUAAGGCAACUUGGACGUCAGAUGUCAACACAGGAGACAAUUUCCCGAAUGCCUUCUGGCAAUAUUGGAGCUUUCUUGAAGGUCUGGGUGUAUAUGGAAGCUAGAGAGCUUGCUUCAUCAGCACUUAUAGACGCGGAUGAGCUUGUUAAAUAUGACUGGUUGACUCCAGCGAUAUAGAAUUCCUUCACAGCUUGUAUUCUACGCAUCUUCUAGUUGUACAUUAUUGCAAUACUCGUUUUACGCACCCCAGAGACACCAUUGCCGUGGGAAGUUUCCAGAAGGAUUUCCGAGGCCGUCGCGUCUAUCAAUCCUGGCCUUUAUGGUGUUCACGGGUGAGAACGCCUUGCCAUCACUCUGUCAAGAAUGACGAUUCCCGUUGGUGACUGUUCACGUGUUGCGCUCAACCUGAGACUGCGAGAGGAAAGCUUUUCACUCAGUUAAUGUUUGGGGGGCUGAGCACGGCACUCCGUGCGCACUUGCAGGGGUGCAUGACGGACUUGCAACGGUCGAGGCGGCGGGACCUCGUGCGAUUGGCCAGCUGUUAGGUUCAAAUAAGCGCCUGUGCGCUGU